GUGCUCGCAGCUUCCGACAGGUGGCGCUGGGGCCCUGGGAACGCGCAGCUGGCCGUCAGCCCUCGAGCAUUCUGGGAGUCACAGUGCUGCCUCUCCCUCCUCCCUCGUUUCCUUAAUCAAUUCCGGCUCUGCGCGAAGGAGCGCCGCCGUUUCCGGGGAGGGGUGGCAAAGGAGAAAAGCGAGGGCGCAUGCGUAGGAGUAGCGGUCCAGCAGGCCUCGCGAGUAGCGGCCCAACAAGCCUCGCGAGUAGCGGCCCAGGGCCUUGUGGGGGAUGUAGUUCUCUAGCUGCGGACGCCGCGGCGCUGGGCCAGCGGAAGACUCGGUUUCCCAGAGAGCCGAGCGCGGCGCCAAAUGGAGGCCACCAGGUGGCGGUGAGCCGCCCACUACAGUGGAGCAGCUGAAAGGAGCCGGACUGAGGCCACCACGCCUGUGCCAGCAAGGGGCCUGUGCCAGCACGCCGGUGUCUGCACGGCGACCCUCAGACAGGGGAGGGACAGUGGGUCUACAGGGCGGACGUGUCCUAAACGUAUGCGAUCGUCGGAAACGAACUUGGGCUGUUUUGGUCUAGGUGCGGUGUGCCCUGGGACACAUGGCUGAGGCAGGGGCAGGACAGCCCCUGGAGGCUGAGCAGGGGACAGAGUAUGACACCCUGCCUUCUGACACCGUGUCCCUCAGCGACUCAGACUCUGACCUCAGCUUGCCCGGCAGUGCUGAGAUGUCGGCUGUGUCCCCAGGGGUGCCGCCCUGGGAGGCCCAGGGGGACUCAGACCCUGACGAGCCCGCUUUGCCUCUCAGGGGCCGCCCCUCGGCCUCGGCCUCGGCCUCGGCGCAGCCGUUCCGCCUGAGGGACACGAGCUCCACCUUCUCCCGGCGCAGCCACAACAUCUUCGACUGUCUGGAGGGGGCAGCCAGGCAGCUUCUGCCCGGUGACAGUGGGGACUCCGCACGGCCACCGGCGCCCUCAAGCCAGCCUGCGGCGGAGGGCCCAGGCGGGGCCGGCCAGAGCCCUGCCCUCCCGAAGCGGCCCCCCGUCCCUGACUAUGUGGCCCACCCCGAGCGCUGGACCAAGUACAGCCUGGAAAACGUGGCCGAGGCCAGCGAGCAGAGCAACCGGGCCGCCGCACUGGCCUUCCUGGGCUCGAAGAGCCUGGCCGUCCCCGGUGACUACACGCCCUCUUUCAACCAGGACCCCUCCAGCUGCGGGGAGGGGAGAGUCGUCUUCACCAAACCGGCCCGGGCGGGCGAAGCCAGACCUGAGAGGAAGAGGGCCUUGAGGAAGGCAGGAGAGCCAGGCGGGGCUGCCCCUGGGAACCUGGGAGCGGCAGGGGGCGAGGGUCCGGUGGAGCUGGCCCACCUGGCGGGGCCUGGGAGCCCCGAGGCUGAGGAGCCGAGCAGCGCCCCCGGGGGCCUUCAGGACGUGGGCUUGCUCCAGGGGGCUGCCCCCGCUGGGUCAGAAGCCGGGCCUCCAGUGGUGGAGACCGUUGGCUUCCAUGGCAGCAGGAAGCGGAGCAGAGACCAUUUCCGGAACAAGAACAGACCCGAGGCCCCGGGUGCCGAGGUCUGAGAGAAGAGCCUGCUCGGCUGAUGUUCCCUGACCAGGCUGGCGGAGGGGGGCGGCCGGGGUCACUGCCCGCCUUCGGAAGGGAGCCUGCAGGCUGCUAGUAGGAGGGACCAGUGUCCUGGGGCGGGGGGCGGGGGGGAGGCUCAGGGGAGUGGUCUCUGAAGCAGACAGCUUUGCCUGCGGAUGGCAAAAGCCCUGCCCACCUUGUGGGGCAACAGUAAAGGUUGUGGGUAUUCCUCA